UGUUUGCAGAUAAUGUGCGAUACGUCUGAAACCACGCGAGGCAAAUUAAGCAAAAGUUGAUUACAACAUUUCGCAUAGGACAAUAUAUUUACACAGUUAUAGAGCCGCACUUACGUUAGAUUUAAGUAAAAAGUGGGUGGAGGAGCAAUUGGACUGAUCAGUGUAAAUAAUGAGCGGUCGCGGCAGCCGAAAGCGUGGACGUCCACCAAAGACGCCUAACGAGCGUAACUCUGGACGUUUUAACUACCAGCUACUGAAGAAACCCAAAUAUCUCAGCGAUGGAAAAUCGCAACCAAGCACACCAUCAGCGUCACGAUGCAUCUCUCCCCAAAGCGACGACAAUAGUCGCAGCAGCACCAACAAUCGAAGCAGCCGCGGCGCUGGUGGCGCCAAAAGAGGCCGAGGACGAAAAUCUAAUGUACACGCCAAUACAAGCACCAACAGUUAUGGCGGACGAAAAGGUUACGAGUCGGAGUAUCACUACGGCUCAGACUUUGGAGAUUCGGACGAAGAAAAGUCUGAUAAUGAAGAUGAUAUGCUACUGACACCCAGCGACGACGAAAGCAUAGAUGCGGGCAACGAGAGCGAAUCAGAGUUUUCCGUUUGCAGCUUUACACAGAACGGCGUGGGCCGACCACCACGUCCGCCCAGCCCGGAACCAGUUUGGUUGCAGGAUGGUCGUGAAUAUGAGCCUCUCGAGCUGCCCGAGUCCUCAGAAGACCUAUUCAUAGGCAACGCGUACGCGCUGCGCGCUUUAAGUAUUUACGAAGUAUUGCGACGCUUUCGUCAUCUGGUGAGAUUGUCGCCAUUUCGAUUCGAGGACUUUUGUGCUGCUAUGGUGUCCGACGAGCAGAGCGCACUGCUGACCGACGUACAUAUAACGCUGCUCAAGGCUAUUCUUCGUGAGGAGGACGCCCAAGGCACACACUUUGGACCGCUUGACCAGAAAGACUCGGUGAACAUUGGCUUAUAUCUGAUUGAUGCAAUCACCUGGCCCGAAGUGCUACGCAGUUAUGUAGAAAGUGACAAGGAUUUCGAUCGCAAGGUCUAUCAAAUACUCAGUCAGGGUGAGUAUCCCUACACGAGCGUUGAUCAUCGAAUGGUGGUGCUUCAGUUCUUGGCCGACCAGUUCUUGACGGCCAAUUCGGUGCGCGACGUAAUGGUGCAGGAAGGUCCCAUACACUAUGACGAUCACUGUCGCUCUUGCCAUCGUCUGGGGGACUUACUCUGCUGUGAAACGUGUCCUGCUGUUUACCAUCUGGAGUGCGUUGAUCCGCCUAUGGUUGAUGUGCCCACCGAAGAUUGGCAAUGCGGUCUGUGCCGUUCGCACAAAAUCAGUGGUGUCAUGGAUUGUGUGCUGCCCCAGGAGAAGCAGGGUGUACUCAUACGCCACGACAGUCUCGGUGUGGAUAGACAUGGUCGCAAAUAUUGGUUUAUAGCGCGACGUAUCUUUGUAGAGGAUCAAGUGGACGGCAGUUGCUGGUACUAUAGCAGCGUACCGAAACUACAACUGCUGCUUAAACGUAUGGAUCCUGUCGAGCUGGAGAGUCGAUUGUAUGCACAGUUGAUAGAGCGUCAGGAUGAGAUCGAACGUCAAAUGAGUCUCACCGAAUCGCUAACCAAUGAAAACAAGCACAGCAAGCGCACGCAGCUUGAGCUUGAGCAAGAGGCUACACAGGAACUGCUCGAAAAGGACACGCCGGAGAGCACGGAAAGUGCCGCGGAGAAUGUUAAAAAAAAUGAGGACAACAAGAUGGUUACGCGUCAGAAGACAAUCCAACUAAAUAGUGGCACUCUCUAUUUUAAGCUUGGUAUGGAACAGGGAUAUAAGAACUAUGUCAACCAGUAUGCAAACAAUCUCAUUGCACUAAAUAAGCCGCAGCGCAAUGAGGAGCGGGAUAAGCGGCGCCAUCUCUCGCACAAAUUUUCGCUGACCACCGCCUCGGAUUUUAAAUGGGUCGGCAUCACCAUGGGUACCUACGAUAGCAUUGUGACUACGCUGCGUCAAACACUCAUCAACUUUGAGUCAAACAUGGCUGCGUCCUUUAUGAAUCCCAACUGGGUGCACAACAAAAAAUUGUGGAACAAUGCAGUAAUGAAUGCCAAGCGUGCCACAGACUUUGCAGCUGUUAUGCUGUUGUUCCAGGCCUCACUCAAGAGUGUGGUGUUUGCCAAUGUGUGGCAUGAACAGUUAGGGCACAUUCAACUGCAGCGCAUUUCGAGUUCAGAGCGUGAGGAGCGCAAGAAGCUGGAGAAGCGCGAAAAGCGAGAACGUGAUGAUGAGGAGGAGCGCAAUCGAUUGGCCUUUAAUUACAUUAAAUACUCGCUGGGCUUGAAGCAUCAGGUGUGGAAACAAAAGGGCGAAGAGUACCGUGUACAUGGUCAGUGGGGCUGGCUCUGGCUCUCAAGCAGUCGACGCUGCGGCGUACGUGUGCGUCGAACUCGUGCACAGCCGCUAACUCAUUGUCGCAUUUAUGUACACUAUAGACUGGAGCACGAGCAGCCAAAAGACAGUGAACAAGAACAAGCAGAUAAGAAGCCGGUUAAUGAAGUAAUACUCGUUGAUCCGCGUACUCAACGCUUCAUGCAGCAGUGUGAGUCGAUCAAACAAGAAGGACAGGUCUGUCACUAUCUCCCGGAGCAGUACACUAACGUCAGGGUUAUUGAGGAUGUGCAGCAGCGGGUCUCGGGUCAAAUUGACGUGAGUAAAGCGCUAAAUGCGCCGGCACGCCUCUAUUAUACCAAGGUAGCUCGGAAGUCGCGUCUAGAUGAGCUGCUAGAGCGACGCACUAAGCUGGCUGAAGUGGAACAGCAGUUGGCCAUCAAAACCGAUACGCCAGCCGACAUCAAACCACAGAUAGUGCCAGCAUCAACUGUCGUCCCCAAGCAAACAUACUUGGAGAAACGACUGCUGCGUUUGACUGAAGCGGCGGGCAAGAGUGUCUCAUCGAAUGUAAACUUGGAUCUGGUAAAUUCACUGGCCAGGCAGAUCCAGACGGUGCGCUUGCAGUUCAGCCAGCUGAAUCGCUUCGCCAAGACAUUCCGCUGCUACACCAAGGAGUGCAACACCAACUCUAAUGCUGUUUCCCAGAUCACACAGAACACAUGCUACUCGCCGCUCUGUUUACAGAAGGCGCGUGCAAAGAAAGAGCUACUACUAUUGCUACGUAAAGCGCACACUGCCGGCAAUGGCUCUAAGGAGACUGUGGCCGCCAUACUGGGUGCCGUGAAAAAGCCGUCCAUUCUCGAGCAGAAGCUUACCGAAGGCAAAAAGGAUGCUGUGCAGCAGUUGACUAUGGACGAGGCGGAGGACCACAAGUUGGCGGAAGCCGAGACGCCCCUGGAUUUGCUUAGCGACUGGGAUCAGGCACGUGCGCAUGCUGUUGCAUUUGAUGAGAAGUUGCUGCUCACUGACUGUUUGCUCACCCCAGAGACGCAGGCGACAGAGAAGACGGCAAUGGUCGCCACUGUGAAGCAGGAGGAGUCGAGCCUAAGUGUUGACGCGAGCACACAGGACUCUGACAAAAUGGAUUUCAUGGAGAGCAUGGAUGUGUGCAGUAAUGUGGAAAUCGAGAGUACGGAGGAUUCUCUGGCUGCUACGACCAGCGCUGUAAGCUCUACAGCCAAUGACGAUGUGGAUUUGUAUGCAAGCGCACGCAAGAAGCGGACGCAAAAAUCUAAGAAGGUCUACAUUGGAACCAAAGAUGUUUUGGAUCAGACACUGGACAAGGACAUACCGUUAAAUAAGCAAAAUCGACGAUUUCCUAUAACGCCGCGUCCCGUAAAGCGUGAAGAUGUCACCAAAUAUGAGCGCGAAUACUUUGAAAAUGGCAACGAACGCGUCUAUUCGGCCAGCUCUACUCGUGGGCGCGUCUAUCUGAUGCGCGAUGCCGCUAAGUUGUACGAACAAAAUUCCACCAAAGUGGAGGAUAAUAAAACAACAGUCAUCAAGAAGCCGACGUAUGCGCGCUAUCCGCUCAUUUCAAACUUUUUGACGCACAAACAAAAACGGAGUUUGUUGGUGUUGCCCCGCUACGAGCUGCUCAAGCUGGCACGUUUGGCGGGUAGGAGUCCAUCUUCCGGAUUUCAUCAUGCUGCUAAGAAUAACUCCAUUUGGCCCUAUCAAUGCUCGAGACCACUGUUCCGCACAUGUUGGUCAUAUCGCACCUCAAAUGCUACGACGCUGUCCACCAUUGCUCUACAGCUGCGCAUACUUUGGUGCUGUUUGCGCUGGGAUGAUAUGAUUGCCAAGCCCCCCUCCGCUGAUGGCAAACACCAAGUCACAACUGAAAAUGAGAUUGUCACCUUAGAACUCCUGAAACUUCGCCACGCCGGACGCUUUGGUGAGAAGACAAGCUAUCUGCGCCGAAAGGUUGUCAUACCACUGGAGAUGCCAAAAACAAUAAGAGAGGUAACUUCCAUUCGAUCGGGCUUACGCAAACGGAAGCGUGCAGAAUCGCCGCAGCCCACAGAGCCGCAGAUCACAGAGGAAUGGGUGGACGAAGAUAAGCUGGAGCUGUGGGAAAUCAAAUUUAUUGGCGAGAAGCAGGAGAAGGCGCGUGUUGCGACCGUUACGCGUUCAGUAGCUUCGCGUCAAUUGGAAUCUAUUAAUGGCAGCGCUCUUAAUGCCAACUCCAAUGGCAGUCCAGGCGGACGUAUUUUGUUGGCCGCCAAGCCAGGCGACGAUGUGAAGGAUAAAAUGGAGCAGCAGUUAAAGCUUCAACGUGCUGUCCACCAGCAGCGUAAAGUGCUUAACUCUGGUGAAAUCGUACGAUCCUCAACACCAGUUAAAGGCCAAGUCAUUGGCAGUCGUCGUGUAAUAGUCAAGAAUCCAGAUGGCACCACUCGCAUUAUACAGCAAGCCGUGACACAGGUGCCACGCGCAAUUGCUGCUGCAACCACCACUGCCAGCUCCUCGCCGUCCGCUAAUGCAUCAACUUCGGGAGCAGCUUCGGCGCCAGCUGCGCCACACAAAGUACAAAUUAUACGUGGACCAGACGGUAAAGUGAGCGUGCGUGGCUUAAACCCCGGACAGCAGCUGGUGCAGAUGCCUGAUGGUAAAUUGCAUGUGCUAACCACCACAUCAGCCACAGCAAAUGCUUCAGCGAUAGGUGUAAAAGGCAAAUUGCCGGUUAAGGCUCUGGCUACAGGAGGCGCAACGCACGCAGCUACUUCAGCAACAUCGACGACGGUAACCUCAAGUUCGCCAUCGGGAUUGAUUAAGCAAAUUGCCAUGAAACAAGUGAAUGUGACGAAAUCACCGGCCACACAAACGCUGCCGUCAACCCAACGUGUAACUUUACCGUUAACACAGGUCAAGAAUAAGAUAAUGCUAGCACAGCAGCAACAGUCAGUAUCAGCAUCGUCCUCUGGCGUACAAAAAUUAUUACCCAAAGUGGUGACUGGAACUGGUUCACCUGCCACACAGCAGAUGUUUGUGCAGGGUGGCUCUAAGUUGCUUGUAACGCAAGGUGCGCAGGGUCAAAAGGUCAUCAUAUCCGCCACGUCCAAUGCUCAACAGCAACAGCAGCAGCAACAAAUUGUGCAACAGCAAGUACAACCGGCACCACAACAGCAGCAACAGCAACAAAUUGUUGUUAAUCAGCAAUUGGCCAGUCAACCGACUCAGAAAGUAAUACAACAGAUUGUAAACACGAGCAAUGUGCAACAGCAAAUUGUUGUUGGCGGACAACGCAUCAUUCUGAGUCCCGGCCAGACCAUUGUAACACAACGCAAUGUGCCACAAAGUCAAGCAUUGCAAAUGGUGCAACAGCAAAUACAAACUCAGCAGCAUAUUGUUCAGCCACAGCAGCAGCAACAACAACAACAACAGUUUGUGGUACAAUCUUCGUCUCCUGCCUCACAAACCAAGAUGGUUAAGCAGUUGGUGGUGCAACAGCCUCAACAACAACAACAACAGCAGCAACUUGCUCAAGUUGCUAUUGAGGAAAAACCACAAACAAGCAAUAAUACGGAUAACAGUGACUCAACUACACAGCAAGUACUGGUGCCAAACUCAACCCUGGCGCAGCAGCUAGCACAGGGCAAACUGCAAGUGGCAACUAUAAAUGGGCAGCAAGUCAUAGUCAAGCCAUUGGGGAACAAUCAGGCACAGAUAGUGGCGCACAUAAAACAUCAGAACGAUGGUAAUGCGCAUAUUGUAACCAACAACACGACAACUGCCAGUCCACAAUGUUCCCCCACCAAGCAACCCAUGCUGCAGCAAACGGUUGGGCAUCAAGCGCCUCAACAACAAGUUGUCGUACAGCAGCAGCAAGUUCAAGUGCAGCAGCAGCAGCAGCCGCAGCAGCAGCAGCAGCAGCAGCAACAAAUUGUGCAACAAGUUCAGAUGCAGCAGCAGCAACAGCCGCAGCAACAGACCAUGAGCGUUGAAGAGAAUCUGCUGCAGAAUCAACCGCCUGGCACUGUAAUCAAAUGCGUAACAGCGCAGGUGCUUCAGACUGAGCAUGGACCACGAAUCGUAUUGCAGGGACUGGUGGGCAAUGACUUCACAGCUCAGCAACUGCAGCUGGUGCAAACCCAAGUCAAGCAACAGUUAAUGAAAGCGCAAGAGUCCAACGGCAAGCUGGGCGUGUUGGGACCCACGAAAAUCUAUCUGGCUGUGCAGCCCGAGCAGCCGGUGGCGCAGUCACAGCCGCCACCAUUAACGCCAGUCCAUCAAUCGUCCACACAUCAACAAGUUGGUGGCAUCUCUAUUGUUUAUGUAGUAAGCACAAAUUAUGUUUUGCAAGAAGAAGAUUUUAAUGAUGUCAAUGCUCAAAAUGAUGAACUUGUUGCUAAUCCUAAUCCUGAAACAUGCGAUGGUAACACUAACGAUGAAGAUGACGAAGAAGAAAUUAUUGUAGUUUGCAGUCCUGCUAAGAAAAAAUCAGAAAGUCUAACGCAGUAUAAUUUAGAAAAAGAGCCUUAUCAAACCGAUGAGCUUUGGCCAACAGAAGUUGCAUGCAAUAUGGAAAUUGGUUAUAGGCCAGAAGAUGAACAAAAUGAGCAGUUUAAAUCAGCCAUAGAAAAUCAGCAUCAAGUUAAUCAAGAUAAAUAUUUAAACUUAGACGAAUUUGAUAGUGCUAAAUCGAAAGUCAAUCGAUGUACAUUUCAGACCAACAACAACAGCAACAACAACCACAACAACAACAGGAGUAGCAACGAAUCCACCACGCUUGCAGCCAAUAUCGAAGAGAGUGACCAACAGAACAACACAGCCAUUGUUACCGACAACAUUGAGCUUGCCGCGGCUGAUAAGCAUAAUGCCGCCAACAACAAUUUCCAGACAAACACACUCGAGUAUGUAACAACAAGUGAGUUGUUACAGGGCGAUGCAGAGCAGUCCGAGAACUUUGUUGUAACCAGCAACUACAUACAAGAAUCCAUUACCAAUGCCUUGAAACAGGGAAAUCUAAGUCCUGAGCUUGAGGAGAAACUGGUUAAUAUGCGCAAGAAGCAAGAGACUUUGGGAGAAUGGACCCCGUCUAUAAAUCGUGCCGAGGGUGGCGCCAGUACAUCCAAUCGUCGACGCACUGUCUCACGCCAGUCGAACCACAACAUCAACAAUGACGACGAGGAAUGGAAAAUGCGCACACCAUCCAAGCGUCAGAUAGUCCCAAAUAACCAUUACAAUAACGCAACUAAGAAUAACCGCAAACCAGUUGGGCUAGCUUCAACGAUUUCGGCAUCAUCAUCGGAGCAGCUGCACGAGAAUGAGCCAAACCUGAGUGAAUCAAAGCAGCAGCAGUUGGAACGCCAUAAGGAUUUGUUAAAGAAGAGCAUACUUCGUAAACGGUCACUGCUUGAGCGUAAUUUACAAAGCGAGAUACGCGAUGAGGUUGACGCAAAGGUGCGUCGGCAUGUGCGCGCCAUGAGCACCACAACGCCGGAGAAGCAACCUGAAAAUGAAUGCACGCCCUUGUUUGUCGAUCGUCUCAAAGAACGCAAUUCGGAACAAAAGCGCAGCAGUGUCAGACCAACGAUUAGACAUAGCUUGGCUGCCGAGUCUAAUACACUGCACAACAGACACAGCGCGGGACGCCCCAAAAAGCUUUCCAGAAAGAAAGAGAAAUUAUAUUGCAUAUGCCGUAAACCCUAUGACGAUACCAAGUUUUAUGUUGGCUGCGAUUUGUGCAGCAAUUGGUUUCAUGGCGAUUGCGUCAACAUUACCGAAGAGGCUUCCAAAAAGCUAACAGAGUUCAUCUGCAUCGAUUGCCAGAAGGCGCGUGAAACACAACAGCUUUAUUGCAGUUGUCGGCAGCCGUAUGACGAGUCUCAAUUCUAUAUUUGCUGCGAUAAGUGCCAGGACUGGUUCCAUGGCCGUUGCGUUGGCAUUGUACAGAGCGAGGCCGAAUACAUCGAUGAAUACGUCUGUCCGGAGUGUCAGCGCAAUUCGGAUGCAAGCGCUGCAAAUAUGAAAAGUCUUACGCAAACAGAAAUUGUUGAGCUUAAGACCUUGAUUAAACAAAUACAGUCUCAUAAGAGUGCCUGGCCAUUUAUGGAACCGGUUGAUCCGGAGGAGGCACCAGACUACUACAAAGUGAUUAAAGAGCCCAUGGAUCUCAAGAAAAUGGAAAGCAAACUCGAAUCGAGUAACUAUACCAGGUUGGCCGAAUUCAUUGGCGACAUGACAAAAAUCUUCGAUAACUGCCGCUAUUAUAAUCCUAAGGAGUCAUCAUUUUAUAAGUGCGCGGAAGCGCUUGAAUCGUUCUUUGUACAAAAGAUUAAGAGUUUUCGAGAGAGUGUUGUUGGUCAAGGCAAUUGAGCUAUUGCAGUUUAUGUAAAUGAAAAACUUCAUUUUUUAAUUUGCACACUGAUUACAUUGGAAUAAUGUAACUUUUUUUAAAGUUAAAUAAACUUGUGUAUUUGAGUAUAUCUAUAC